UCAAUUCAUAUACCACAAAACCAAUAAUACCCACAAACACCUACAAAACCAAAAGCCAUGGCAAAGUCGUCGUCUAGGGCAAAUGGCCAAAAGAAGAAUGCGACGAGGCUCAAGAUAAUGGUGGAAAAGCUUCAGAAGAUGAGUUUCCUAAUGGGCAGCAAGAGGUCGAAUCGUUUCGAGGAGUCCGAUGAUGUCGUCCCGAAUGACGUUAAAGAAGGGCAUUUCGCGGUGAUGGCGGUGGACGACGAUGAGAAUCUCAAGAGAUUCAUCGUACCGCUCAGCUGUUUAACGCACCCUCCUUUCUUAAAGCUGUUGGAACAAGCUGCGGAGGAGUAUGGGUUCCACCAUGAGGGCGCAGUCAUGGUUCCUUGUAGGCCAUGUGAGCUCGAGAAGAUUCUUGCAGACCAAUGGGUAGAAGAGAGCUCUUCUUUUACAACUCAACAACUCUUGUUUUAAAUAUAUAUAAAUUGAAGUAGGUAGCUAUAUAGAUAUAUCUAUCCACUAGUAACCAAAAGCUAUAUAUAUAUAUAUAUGUUUUGAUUUUUUAUUUUUUAUUUACUUUGGGUUUUAGGGUUUGCUAACGAUUUUAUUUCAUUGCAACC